AUGGCGGAGCAGGUCUUCGAUCUUUUGAUUAUCAAUGGUGUCGUCGUCACCACCGAUGAGACCAGAGAAGUUGAUAUUGCUGUGAUUGGGGAGAAGAUAGCUGCUGUUGAAGAUCGUGGCAGCUUUAAGAAUGCUCAGGCAAAGAAGAUUAUCGAUGCUGAAGGCGGGUGGGUGAUGCCUGGUGGGAUUUCUAAUCAUAUGCAGGUCCACCUCCAAGAACCACAACUCUUCGGCAAAGGCUCCAGCUGCGACACAUUCGAGACAGGUACCAGAUCAGCCAUAUGCGGCGGUACGACAACAAUCAUAGCAUUCGCCCCUCAAUCCAAAACCGAAAACAGCCUCCUCGACGCCCUCGCCCGAACGUACGCCAAAGCCGAAGGAACAUGCUACUCAGACUACUCUUUCCACCUCCUCGUCGGCAACCCAUCUGAACAAGCAUUGUCCGAAUUUCCCAUCCUGCGCUCCAAAGGCAUCUCCUCCCUGAAAAUCUACAUGACCUACGAAGCGCUGCAACUCUCCGACUACCAAAUCCUCGACGUCCUCUUCGAAGCCCGCCGACACCGAAUCACCACCCUCAUCCACGCGGAGAACAACGACCUCAUCCUCUGGAUGACGCGCAAACUCGAAGAACGCAACCUCCUCGCCCCCAAAUACCACGCCACCUCGCACCCCCCACUCGCCGAAAUCGAAGCCACCUACCGCGCCAUCUGCCUCUCGGAGUUCAUCGACGUCCCCAUCCUCCUCGUGCACGUCUCCUCCCCCACCGCCGCCGAAACCAUCCGCGCCGCGCAGACCGAGCGGAACCUCCCCAUCUACGCCGAAACCUGCCCGCAGUACCUCUUCCUCACCAAACACGACCUCGACAAACCCGGCUUCGAAGGCGCCCGCUGCGUCUGCUCCCCUCCUCCCCGCGACUCCCCCGCGGACCACGCCGCCCUCUGGCGCGGCCUCUCCAACGGCACCUUCACAAUCCUCAGCUCAGACCACUGCCCCUUCCUCUACGACGACACCACGACCGGAAAGAAAACCUGCAUCACCGCCCAGCACCCCCAGGGACACUUCAAAUACAUCCCCAACGGCAUCCCCGGCGUCGAAACCCGCCUCCCCCUCAUCCUCUCCGCCCUCACAACCUCCCCCUCCCUCCUCCCCCUCCAAAAAUUCGUCCAAACAACCUCCACCAACCCAGCCAAACUCUACGGCCUCUACCCCCGCAAAGGCGCCCUCCUCCCGGGCGGCGUCUCGGACGCAGACCUCGUCAUAUGGUACCCCCCGCCGGGCCUGGAGCCUUUCGAGCUGAGGAAUGAGAUGCUGCAUCAUGCGUGUGAUUAUACGCCUUAUGAGGGCAAGGUUGUGCGGCAGUGGGCGCGGUGGACGGUUUUGAGGGGGAGGGUGGUGUGGGAGAGGGAUGGGGUGGGACUUGUGGGGAGGAAGGGGGAGGGAGUGUUUGUGGAGAGGGGGGGGAGUUCGUUGCGGGGGAGGGUGAGGGGGGAGGAGUGGGAGGUUAGGGGGUUUUGA